AUGUACGCCCUCGCGAGAUGCUCUUUGCCUCGAAGAGCUGUCGGCCUCUUGUCCCCGGUGAAUGCGGUUCACGGAACAUUUACUAGAAGCCGGCUGUUGUCCACAUUGGCGAUUCUUGAACAACGCGAUGGACAACUCAAUCAAGGAUCUCUGAAUGCAUUUGCUGCAGCCAAACAAUUGGGAGGAACAGUCCAUGGAUUCGUUGCUGGUAGUAAUGUGUCUGCUGCUGCCCAGGAGGCUGCCAAAGUUGAGGGAGUGGAGCAAAUUAUCAAGGGCCUUCCCGAGACUUACGCUCCCUUGCUUGUGGAAAAUAUUAAAAAGGGAAAAUACACCCACGUCGUUGCUGGACAUACUGCCUUUGGGAAGAACCUCUUGCCGAGGGUGGCAGCUCUAUUAGAUUGCCAGCAAAUCUCCGAUAUCACUGCCAUAGAAAACGACAAGACCUUUGUGCGGCCGAUAUACGCUGGAAAUGCUAUCGCCACUGUUGAGUCUUCAGAUUCUGUGAAGGUCAUUACCAUUCGAAGUACUGCCUUCGCGGCUGUGACUCCCGGCUCGGGGUCGGCUGCUGUUGUAGAUGGCGUUGAUCCCAAAGCUGAUCCUUCGGCAGAAUGGGUGUCGGAAGAUUUGGCGAAGUCAGACAGACCAGAUUUGGGCACGGCUUCAAAGGUGGUCUCCGGUGGUCGUGGCCUUAAGUCGAAGGACGAUUUUGACAAAGUCAUGUUACCUCUCGCUGAUGCACUUGGUGCUGCGGUUGGUGCAUCUCGUGCGGCCGUUGACAGUGGGUAUGCGGACAACAGUCUUCAGGUCGGCCAGACGGGUAAGGUUGUAGCUCCGGAGCUGUACAUGGCUGUUGGAAUCUCUGGCGCAAUUCAGCACUUGGCUGGUAUGAAGGACAGCAAGGUAAUUGCUGCAAUUAACAAAGACGCCGACGCCCCCAUAUUUCAGGUUGCAGAUGUUGGCCUGGUUGGUGAUCUGUUUGAGAAAGUGCCGGAACUGACAGAGAAGUUGAAGAGUAGCUGA